AUGUUCAUCUUCGACCAGGUCCACCAGCUGUCACAGAUACAGGCGUCGCCAUCAAGAUGGCACCUCUUCGAGUGGUGCGAUCUAGCAAUAACACCGUCAUUCGUCAAGCACUGCUGUCAGGACAUGCUUACAGCUCAAUGGACGCGGAAACUACCUUUCCUACAACAAACAACCCCAGCAGAAACGGCGGCCAGACUCAUUCACGCCUUCCUCGAUGAUUUCCCGGAUAUUGAUUCAGAGCAAUAUUUUGUCAUUGACUUUUGCUCGGGAGCAGGAGGUCCAACACCCCUGAUAGAAAAAUCCAUCAACGCCUCCCGCACCCUCACAAACCACACCCCCAUCCCUUUCCGCCUCUCCGACUUCCACCCAAACCUCGAUGCCUGGAUGCCCCUAGCCUCCCGUUCCGCGAACCUGUCCUUUAUACCUCAACCCGUGGACGCCACAGACACUUCACACGCACCUCCCUUAGUCAUCUCCAAAACAUCCUCUUCCACUUCUGAGCAUUCUGGCGACCACAAAUCCAUUCAUCUGUACAGUCUGUCCUUCCAUCAUUUCACCGACGAAGCUGCAAGCAAGAUUAUACAGAAUACAUUGGAAACAGCUGAUGGCGUUUGCAUCUUGGAACUCCAGGACCGGAGUCUAGGUAUGCUGUUGCUGAUGCUCGGAGAACCUCUUCUCCUCUUCCUGGUCACGAUACUCUGGUUUCCCUUUCGCCCUUUGCAUCUCUUCUUCACCUAUAUUUUUCCUGUAUUGCCCUUUGUGCAAGCCUGGGAUGGUGUGGUGAGUUGUCUACGCACCCGCAAUUUCAACGAAACAUUGCAGUUGGCGGAAAAGGUAUUGGGAGAGAAAGCCAGAGUAAUCAGUGAGGAGCACACUGCUGUCAAGGGAGAAAAAAUUACAGUGGCAGAGUGUGCAGAGUGGAAAUUCGUGGGAGUGAGAAGAUUACACACUUGGCCAUUUGGAUACAUGAAUGCUUUUCUUGCGAGGAAAACAGUGUAG